UUAGUGUUACAUCUUAUUCUGUGCUUCCGUUAGCUUUUAACAAUUCGUUGCCGACCAAACCUCUAUAGUUAUUACAGAACUCAAUACAGCGGAAUUGCAUUUAUCGUCUUUGGCCAUAACUUAAGAAGUGAUCAGUACGAGGAGGAAGAAAGCAGAAACUGAGGUAUUCUAAGAAUAAACUAAGUGAGGAAAAAGCAAUUUUUACCCGCGUUAUUACAAGAACAUCCCCUCAAGGUCUGUAUCGGGGACCUUUCAUCCAAACAUGGCGCCUCAAUCAGGACCGGAUGAGAUCGAGAAGAAUGGAGAUUCGAUAAAAUCCGGCGUCUCUCUCACGAUCAACGGGAAGGUAUAUGAAGUUGGUUCUGACGUGCCCCCGUGGACUCCUCUCGUCGACUUCCUGAGGGAGAAAGCUCAGCUCCCGGGCACCAAAGUCCUGUGCAGGGAAGCUGGCUGCGGCCUCUGUAAUGUGGUCGUUACUGUCCCAGAUCAGGAGAAACCGGAUGCCACCAAGACUUACAGUCUCCAGAGUUGUCAGGCCCUUGUAUACGCCUGCGACGGCUGGGACAUAGAGACGGUGGAGAACUUGGGAGACAGAUUCGACGGCUACCACCCCCUACAGACGGCUCUCCAUGGCUUCGCAGGAACGCAGUGCGGCUACUGCUCCCCGGGGAUAAUCAUGACGAUGUAUGGGCAGAUGAAGAACGGGCCGCUGACAGCGUCGCAGGUGGAAAAAUCCUUAGAUGGCAACUUAUGUCGCUGUACAGGAUAUCGUCCGAUACUUGACGCGUUCAAGUCCCUGGCUGUGGACGCCGGGGAGGACCUCAAGGCGAAACUGGUUGACAUAGAGGAAGCCUACAAGGGCAGUUGCAAGAAUGCAUGUGCAAACUGUGACAAUAGCGGCAAAUGCAAGACUCGAGUCGGUGGCCAGAAUGUUGAAACUGCCUUCAAGAUGACUGUCUCCGGCGUUCGUUGGUAUAGGCCUAAAUCCAUUGAGGAGGUCUAUUCUGCCAUUAAGGAACUUAACCAGCGCGAUAAGUUCAGGAUAGUCGUUGGCAACACGGGAGCAGGUGUGUUCAAAAACGACGGUCUUUACCAAGCAUACAUCAGCACCCAUGGGGUUCCAGAGUUAUACGAGGUGUCCUUUGGCAACCCCCUGUCAUUAGGAGCCAAUGUCAGCUUGACCCGAUGCAUGGAAGCCUUCAAGGACGUGGCCUCGACUGACCCAGGUUAUGCCCAUCUUGUAGAGGUUGCUAAUCACUGGCAGUAUGUCGCGAAUGUGUCAGUUCGGAAUGCAGGCUCAUGGGCAGGAAACCUGAUGAUGAAGCAUCUUCACCAAGGCUUCCAGUCUGACAUAUUCCUGACCCUCCUGGCUGCUGAUGCCGAACUGACGUUGGGCAGCGCUGACGACGGCACGGAGACGUGCGUCAGCCUCGAGCAGUUCCUGGAGACUGACAUGUCCAGGAAGGUGAUCCUGAAAGUGACGGUUCCGCCUUUGCCUCCAGACACGAAACUACGGACAUUCAAGAUCACGCCUCGAGCAGUCAACGCCCACGCCUACGUCAACGCCUGCUUCAGGAUGCGGUUGAAUCCGGAUGACGGGUUCCGAGUUACCGAGAAGCCGCUCAUUGUGUUGGGUGGCAUCAAUCCGGAAUUCAUCCACGCAUCUGAGGCUGAAAAUUACCUCUUUGAUAAGCGGCUGAGUGAAAACGAGACAGUCCAAGAAGCAGUGAGGCUGCUCGGCGAGGAAGUCAACCCAGAUAACCACUACGAAGACGCCUCGCCAGAGUUCCGGAGGUCACUUUCCCAGUCUCUCUUGUUCAAGACCAUCAUAGGAUUCUUGGGCGACAGUGUAGGCAGCAAGGUUCGAAGCGCAGGCCCCAACAUCCUGCGCCCCAUUUCAUCAGGGGAACAGUUCUUCGACAUGAAUGAGGAUACCUGGCCGGUCGGCGAAGCUGUCCCGAAACUGGAAUCUGCCACUCAGAUAUCGGGAGAAGCACGGUACUUGGAUGACAUCCCUGCCAUCCCAGGAGAACUUCACGCAGCAUUUGUCUUGACGACGGUUGCCAACGCGAAGAUCAAAUCAAUCAACACGGAAGAAGCACUUAAAGUCCCAGGCGUUGUGAGCUGGAUCAGCAAGGAGGACAUUCCUGGUCAGAAUUCCUACGUUGUCCUGGCAGGAGCCUUCAGUCCCGUGCACGGUGGGCCCGAUCCUGUAUUCGUAGCAGACCGCGUCAAUUAUGCGGGCCAGCCGGUCGGCGCUAUUGUGGCCGAAAACAGGGACACGGCCGUUCGAGCGGCCAAGUUGGUCGUCGUGGAGUACGAAGACGUCCGGAAACCCAUUCUCACCAUAAAGGACGCUCAGGAGGCCGGCAAGUCUGUGUCCAUUACGGGAGAUUUCAGCCUCGGCGACUUUGCAAAGGCCUACGAAGAAUCUCCCCACCAUCUGACUGGAGAGCUUUCGAUGGGUACUCAAUUCCACUUAACCAUGGAACCCCAUGCUGCCAGGGUCGUACCCACGGAAGAUGGCUAUGACGUCUACUGUACCACCCAGUGGCCUGCGGAGACCCAGGCCACCACAGCCGCUGUGUUAGGCGUUCCUGUGAACAACAUCAACGUGACAGUACGACGGCUGGGUGGUGGAUAUGGAUCGAAGAUCAGCCGGCAACACGUACUCUUGGGUGCAGCCGCCGUUGCCGCCAGGAAACUGAAGCGCCCUGUUCGGUUCGUCGCCGAUCUGAACACCCACAUGACCUAUGCCGGCUGGAGAGAGCCCUACCAUGCUGCUUAUGAGGUUGGUUUUGACGACGAAGGGAAGCUCCAGGCCCUGAGGGUAGACAUGACUUCAGACGCUGGUCAUGUGGCGAAUGAGCACUCCGUAGCCUUCCUCAUGGGAGCCAUCCAGAGCACGUAUAACGUUCCUAACCUCAUUUACAACGGCCAUAUCGUCAAGACUGACACCGCUGCUAACACCUUCUGCAGGACACCCGGUCACGUGGAAGCCACGGCAACCUUAGAGAACAUAAUCGAGCACGUGGCUCACUUCCUGAAGAAGGAUCCUAUGGAGAUCCGAGAGAUCAACAUGGAUCCUGCAGGAGUGCCGCGUCUCAUGGGUGCGCCCUUUGAGAGGAACGUCGUCGCGGAGGACAUCUUCCCUCUCCUGAAGGAGAAGGCGUCUCUCGAACAGAGGACUCGAGACGUGGAGAGCUUCAACUCUGAAAACAAAUGGAAGAAGAGAGGGAUUUCCGUGAUUCCCCUCUGGUAUGGAUUCGACUACCAUGACAUCUUCAAAUACGGAAUUCAGGUCGCCAUCUACGAGCGGGAUGGGACAGUCGCUAUCUCCCACGGUGGAGUGGAGAUGGGGCAAGGUAUCAACACUAAGGUAGCCCAAGUAGCAGCAUAUACUCUGAGGGUUCCCUUGGAACACAUAGUCAUCAAAGCAACUGACACAAUGGUUGGUGCCAAUUCUGUCGUGACUGGAGGUUCCUUUGGAUCUGACUUGUGUGCUCAUGGCGUGAAAAAGGCAGCAGCAGCUCUGCGUCAGAGACUGGAUACAGUUGAAGCCAAAAUGAAGGAGGAGAAUGGAAAGGAGCCAACGUGGGUGGAGCUUGUCCAAAAGGCUUUUGCCUCUGACGUUGAUUUGAGUGAGAGAUAUUGGACUGCUAAAAGUGAACAUCCAGAACGUUACGACAUCUGGGGCGCCACUUGCCUGGAAGUGGAAGUCGAUGUCCUAAGUGGUGUAUACAUGAUUCGACGAGCAGACAUCAUAGAAGACUGCGGGAGGAGCUUAAGUCCCUACGUCGACAUAGGACAGGUAGAAGGCUCCUUCGUCAUGGGUUUGGGCCUCUUCACUUCAGAACUGGUGAAAUUCAAUCCGGAGACGGGACAGAAACUCUCCAACGGCACUUGGGAAUAUAAACCUCCAACAGCCCUUGACAUUCCAGUGGACAUGAGGUUGACCUUUUUACCAAAUGCCAAGAGCGCCAAAGGGGUACUGGGAUCUAAAGCCACAGGAGAACCUCCUCUGUGCAUGGCCUACUCAGUUGUUUCUGCUCUGCGUCAGGCAAUAGCGUCCUUUAGGGCUGACAAUGGCCUCACUGACUGGUUCGUGAUGGACACACCAGUUACUGUGGAAAAAGUUCACCAACUCUGCGAUGUAAGACCAGAGCAACUUCACCUCUGAGACCAGAGCAAUUUCAACUUCAUGCAUGAUCAACUGCAAACCAGAGGCUGUUGGUCGUGUCUUAGAUUAAUAUUAUUCACGUAUUUACUCUCGCCAGCUUUCAUUUUAUCUCUGUGAUAUCAUAAAUCAUUGGCAUUAUUUAAUACACACACAUUCCCUUGUGUAAAGUAACCGUGGGUUUUUCAAAGAAGGGGCUCGAUGAUCAUGAAAACGUAUAUUUAAGGCUUUUUCUAGUUUUGGUAAGGUUAUGAAAUAACUUAUAGGUAUAUUGAGCGUCACGAGGAGAGGAAGGUGACGCUUCAGAAUUGUAACCUGUUUCUUUUGUACUCAUGAUGUUGCAGAGGUAACAUGGCCCAUCUCACUUGCAAUAGUAGGAUUUCACUGGUGACAUUUGCUGUGUUUAAGAAUAUGAGACAUUUCGAGAUAAAUCAGUAAAUUGUUAAUGACUACGAACUAGCAAAUUGUUAAUAAUGAUGACUCAGUUUUUUAUUUUUGUUAAAAGAAUGACUUCCUUAUCCAGUUUGCUUUUGUUAGCACGGUUGUUGAUGAAUAUUUCUAUACCUUAUAGUUAAUAAAGCAUCCAAAACAGU